UGUAAGUCAUAUGAUGUUGCACGUGACGCCGGCGCUGGGUGUUUAGCCGCACGCUCGUACCUGGUGUGUUGUAUUGGGGAGCGGAAGGUGGGACAGCUCUCUGCUGAGGCGUUAUACCGGUGAGAGUGAGACAGACUGUUCCUUUUAAAGAUACGAGGAGAGCGCCGCAGAGCCGCAUGCACGUCCGGGCGUCUUUCACUUCCUUUAUCUUUAUGAUGAGAACAGCGCCUUUUCUUCUAUGCUGAAGUCCACACGGAGCUGAAGAAGUGAAAAAAGAAAGAAAGAAAAGCCGCCGGGUAAAAGUCACAUGAUCGAUCCUGUGAUUCAGGUUCGGUAACACGGGGGAUGCUUCUUACGACGCGCGUCCGGGAAGUUAUAUAACGACUCUGCAGACUGUGACGGUGCCGUGUGUGUGUCUGUGUGAGCGCCGUCCAUCUGAGGGUGGACCUGCAUGGCAUUGUUUUGCCCCUGUUUUAAUACAGCUCCAAUAACACCACUUUGAAGCACUGGAGCCUUGACCUCUGACCCUGUGUGUGUGCGUAUGUGUGAGACAUGGCCGUGAACUCCGAGCCAAGCGAUUGGGGAUACUGUGAAAACGAUGAAGAGAAAGCACCACUGAUCGCAGCGCCGCAGACUCGGGGCAAGACCUCGCCGUUCGGUGCGGUGUUUAUCGUGGUGAAUGCCGCGCUGGGGGCGGGGCUUCUCAACUUUCCUGCUGCGUUCUACAUGGCUGGAGGAGUGCUAGCUGGAGUAGUGCUGCAGAUGUGUUUAUUGAUCUUCAUCAUCACUGGCUUGGUGAUCCUAGCUUAUUGUUCUCAGGUGAGCAAUGAGAGCACGUAUCAGGAAGUGGUCCGUGCCGUGUGCGGGAAGGUUCUGGGUACCAUCUGCGAGAUCGCCAUUGCUGUCUACACCUUCGGCACGUGCAUAGCUUUCCUCAUCAUUAUUGGCGACCAGCUGGACAAGCUGAUCAAUGCGAUGGCUCACGAGUCGGACAGCGCUGUCAGCUCUCCCUGGUACAUGGACCGCAGGUUCACCAUCACUGUCACCUCUGUGCUCAUCAUCCUCCCCCUGUCCAUCCCCAAAGAGAUCGGCUUCCAGAAAUACGCCAGCACCUUCAGUGUGAUCGGCACCUGGUAUGUGACCGUCAUAAUCAUCAUCAAAUACAUCUGGCCUGAUCAAGAAAUUUCACCUGGGCUCAUUCCUACCAGUCCUGCAUCCUGGACUGCCGUGUUCAAUGCCAUGCCGACUAUCUGCUUUGGAUUCCAGUGUCAUGUGAGCAGUGUUCCGGUGUUUAACAGUAUGAAGAAUGCGACGCUUCGACCAUGGGGGGGUGUGGUAACACUUGGCAUGAUCAUCUGCCUGUUCGUCUACACAGGAACAGGCGUGUGCGGCUUCCUGACGUUCGGUUCGACGGUGAGUCAGGACGUGCUGAUGUCCUAUCCAUCCAAAGAUAUUGCCGUGGCCAUUGCCAGAGCCUUCAUCAUCAUCAGCGUGGUCACUUCAUAUCCCAUACUGCACUUCUGCGGGAGAGCCGUGUUAGAGGGUUUGUGGCUGCGUUUUAACGGCACAGACGUGGACACAGACGUGGUGAGAGAGCGAAGAAGGCGUGUGCUGUACACACUUGUCUGGUUCUGUCUCACACUAGUCCUCGCUCUCACCAUCCCCGAUAUCGGGCGUGUCAUCUCGCUCAUCGGUGGCCUGGCAGCCUGCUUCAUCUUCGUCUUCCCAGGUUUGUGUUUGAUCGAGGCCAAGAUCUCCGAGCACGAUGCCAGAUCAUCCAGCUGGCAUGCACUGGUGCUUUAUGGAAUCCUCAUGGUCACGGUCGGCAUGUUCAUCUUCGGCCAGACGACCACCAAUGCCAUCUACAGAGACGUCAUGAACCACUGAGACUGAACUGUGACUGACUCGCACAUAACGAAGGAGUUGCACCACUUACACGGUGACCUCGGCUUUAAACCUGCGAAACGUUGCACAAACGGACAAAACUGUACGAUCGGUUAACGAGCGUAUUACUCUGUUCAGCAUGCGGCAUGAAACCUCCUGUUCUAGCUGUGGGGAAAAUCGGGUAACGUCCACUGUCCACCACACACUACACAAUCACACUGGUUUAUUAGUUCAAGUUUGACGCGAACGUGCAAUCAUAAUCGGUUUCCAUUUCUUUAUUAAACUUUAAAUCCACCUCCUUCUAGUAUUUUGUCGUUAUUUGCGGAAAGUUGCUAAAAACGAAACGUACCUGAACCGCAAAACGUGCUUAGCGUCUGAAGCGGUCUACAAGGAUAAUGUAGCUAACAAGUACUGAAAAGUCAUAGCCACGGAUUGAGCACUGAACAAACUUUCGUCCUCUGUAGAAACGGACCGCAGGAGGUCACGGAGAUAAACUCUCCGAUCGAAGCCGAAUCCUCGUAGCUCCAAUGUACAAAAAAAAAAAUUAAUAAUUCUAACCUGAGUAAGUCAAUUUCUCUAGCACUUUAUUCCUCUUAAUAAUGUUCCUUUGAUUUGCAUGACCAAUACGCGACUGCACCGGAAAACCAAAAAAAUAAAUGUACUGAUGUUUAGAGAAGCUGUGCAAUUCCCCCCCCCCCCAUUACAAAUCUAUGAUUCUUGCCGGGGUUGUGAGGGUCGUAAGGGCGGAGAGGGUGGAGAAGGUCACGAGGAUGGAGAGGGUGGUGGUCUUCCAGGUGUCAUGCUGUAUCACAUGCUGUAUUGCACGUUGGGUACGUGUUGUAAAUGAAAAACGAGCUCAUAACGAGGAUGAUCAGUAACAGCUGAAUCGCCAUGAACGUUGGUAUUAAUUUGGCAUUAGGAGAAGUAAUGAUAUGAUGAUAACGGGACACAGCAAUACUGCACAGCUUCUCUGAACUCUGGAUUUCGAACUGUAUUUCACAGUUUGGGUGUUUAGUACUGUUUUAACAAAGUUUCGUCGUUUUGUCCACACGUGCUGAGAGGUUAUAGGGUUAUAGGUGCAUCACACUAGUCGACACUACCAACGCAGCAGACAGAGGACGAGUCGGGUUCAACCUUCUCGUUGUUGAUUUUGUUCUGGUUAAUUUGGACAAAUCUAGACAUGAUUUAGUAUUUAUUUAUUUUUUUCACAUGAUGAUACCGUACAGUGUGAGGAGGGGAAGAAGGUGUAGGCUGUUCUCAUAUCAGCACUCGUCUCAUCAUGGACACUUUUUUAUUUGUUCAUUUGAACUCGAUAAAGGGAAUGAAGUGUCUGAUGGAAGGAAUCGAUUGUGUAUUGUCUCAGGAUAAAGACAGACGACGUGUAGCCACAGACCGUGGUUUAAAAACACAGCGCGACUUUCUGUAAUAUACAGUCCCCUCCAAAACUAUUGGAACGGCAAGGCCGAUUCAUUUGUUUGUGCCCUCGUCGUCUUUCUUUUUCAGCACAUUCCAGUGUGUUGUAUUGCCCAGUGCGAUGCUUCUGAUUUGUUUUUCCCUCUUUCCUCAGCCUGAAAAUGGCUCGCUUUUCUCCCACAGACAGCUCUCUGGUCUUCAUGUUGAUUUAUCCUUUUUAACAACAAUCACAGUCUUUACAGGUGAAACUGAAGGCGAAAACCAAGAGAUGAUGUUCAGAGCUAUUUAUUGUUUUAAAAAUAAAAUACCUGGGUAACAAGAAACCUGUCAGUCAAAUUGGUUGGUCUGGUACAAAAUGCGAUAUGUCGUUUAACACUUCUACAUAUAAAUACCGGUGCAUAAAAGCUGAAAUUCUGAACUCCAUUCUGUCCGUUCCAAUAGUUUUGGUGGGGACUGUAUAAAAAUUCACCCUUUUCUUUGUGUGUGUGGGGAAAACUUCUUGGAAAAUCUGAAUAUAAAGCAUUUUUUUUCUCGUCUGCUGAAGUUUAAGAUAAAUCAUGAAGUAAAUACCUGUAUUGCUUA